CAUCUUAAGAAAGUGUUUGUGAGUGCGAGAGUGUGUGUGUGUGUGUGUGUAUGUGUGCUUCCUUCCGUGACGUCACGUGAGUCCUAAUUGCGUACAAUCCUUUACGUCUUCGGUCAGCUCGUUUGACUCGCUGCCAACAGUUUUGGUCUCUCGCUCCACAUAUAAUAACUAAGUGGCGCCAACAUGGUGCGUUGGAGUGCACGUUCGCGUCGGGCGCGGCAAGACCAAGUGGAGCUCUUGGCCAGCAACAACAAAAUUGGCGAAGAUGACAGCGAUAAUGCUGCCUAUCGCAACUCGGGUGAUCUAUCGGACACUGAUGAAAUCUUUCUGAAGGGUCUUUUACUUAGCAAUCCAUCUACGCCGCACAAGGAGCUUAUGCUGAAUCCAACCGAACCGCAGCCCGUGCCCGCCUUUCUGCCCGCCCAUCUGAACAACAAGCCGAUCUGUGACGAUAUCAUACGCAAAUUUUCGCCAUCAAGACGUUUGGAGUCUCGCGAGCUUGCUAAGCUCUUGGCCCAGCCCCACUUUCGUGCUCUGCUGCGUGCUCACGAUGAGAUAGGACAUUUGUACGAGCAACGUUUAAAAGCUGUCGGUGGAUCGAUAACAAAGCUCGAAGCGACAAGUCAACGGCAAUUGGGCGGAUAUCUCUUUACGGAAGACAUAUUAAAUAGCAAAAUGCCGGUGGAAACAAUUAAAAUGGUCGGACUACGUCGGGAUCCAAAGCAGCCGUUGGGUCUGACAGUCGAGGUGGAUGAGUACAAGCAACUAGUGGUGGCACGUAUACUCGCUGGUGGUGUUAUCGAUAAACAGGGCAUGCUCCAUGUUGGCGAUGUCAUACUGGAAGUAAAUGGAACUCCGGUCCGCACAGCCGAUGAGCUGCAAGUGGAAGUGUCACGCGCUAAGGAGAAUCUAACACUCAAGAUUGGACCCAAUGUCGAUGAGGAGAUCAAAAGUGGUCGCUAUACGGUCAGUGGGGGUCAGGUAAAACAGAAUGGCAUCACAAAUCUUGAAACAGGCAAGAAACUAACGUGUUAUAUGCGCGCCUUGUUCACAUACAAUCCCUCAGAGGACUCUCUAUUGCCCUGCCGGGAUAUUGGAUUGCCCUUCAAAUCAGGCGACAUUCUGCAGAUCAUCAAUGUAAAGGAUCCCAACUGGUGGCAGGCAAAAAACAUCACAGCAGAGUCGGAUAAAAUUGGUCUGGUGCCAUCGCAGGAGCUUGAAGAGCGACGCAAGGCAUUUGUGGCACCCGAAGCGGAUUAUGUUCACAAGAUUGGCAUUUGUGGCACAAGGAUAUCCAAGAGGAAGCGGAAGACCAUGUACCGCUCGGUGGCCAACUGUGAGUUCGACAAGGCAGAGUUACUACUGUACGAGGAGGUGACACGCAUGCCACCGUUUCGAAGGAAAACUCUGGUAUUGAUUGGCGUCUCUGGUGUGGGCAGACGCACGCUCAAGAAUCGUCUGAUCAACAGCGAUGUGGACAAAUUUGGCGCUGUCAUUCCACACACCAGUCGCCCCAAACGCGCCUUGGAGGAGAAUGGCGUGAGCUAUUGGUUCAUGGAUCGCGAGGAAAUGGAUGAGGCCAUCAAGCAGAAUGAGUUUCUGGAGUACGGCGAGCACAAUGGCAACCUCUAUGGCACCCACAUGCAGUCCAUCAAGGAUGUCAUCAACAGUGGACGCAUGUGCAUUUUGGAUUGUGCGCCAAAUGCGUUGAAGGUACUGCACAAUAGCCAGGAACUGAUGCCAUUUGUCAUAUUCAUUGCUGCGCCAGGCAUGGAACAACUAAAGACUAUCUAUGCCGAUCGUCGCGCCACCGGCUCCAAUAGAAAUCUAUCUUUUGAUCGUCAAAGUUCCAUACGCUUCAGCUCCAGACGCGCACGUACGCUCGAGUCCUUAGCCUCGCUCUAUGAGGAUGACGAUCUUAUUUCCACAGUGGAGGAGAGCAGCUUUGUUCAACGAAAGUAUGAAAAGUAUUUCGACAUGGUCAUUGUCAACGAGGACUUUGAUGAGACGUUCCGUCAGGUGGUUGAGACCUUGGACCAGAUGAGUCAUGAGGAGCAAUGGGUGCCUGUGAAUUGGAUAUAUUAAGAAAACUCAAUUUGCUAUCGAACUCUUCUAUUCUAAUAGUAUCUAUUGUAUUCAUCACAAACGAAAUAAUGUCUACGUACAUAUAUGUAUAUGUAUUUAUAUGCAAUAUUGUACAAUUUAAAAAUGCCCUUCGCUUCUUUUAAUUGGUUUCCUUAAGUUUAAGUCUAAUGUUACUAUAUGAAACGAAUUCGUCCAUU